CCCUCUACAGAGACACACAGCUCACCCAGAGAACCAGCCUGAUCCACCCAGCCGGCCUGGCUCCAGACCACACCCUCAGCAUGACCUUCCGCCUGCUGCAGGACACGUCUCAGGAAGCCUUCGCCCUCUGGCAGCUCACAGACAACGACUUCCAGCCCCAGAUGGGCGUGGUCCUGGACCCUGUGAAUAAGCACCUGCUGUACUUCAGUCUGGACUACCGAGGAGAGGUGCAGGAGCUGAUCUUUGCCCAGCCGCAGGUCCACCCUCUGUUCUACGGAAGCUUCCACAAGGUGCACCUGUCCGUCAGCCAGGUGAGCGUGUCCCUGUCUGUGGACUGCCAGCGGGUGGGAGAGAGGCCAGCCCGCCCCCUCGGGGCUCUGCCCACUGACGGCUUCCAGAUGCUGGGCAAGCUGGUGAACACACGGGGGCCUCGCAGUGGAUCAGUACCGCUGCAGCUGCAGUCGUUUGAGAUUGUGUGCAACAACACCUGGUCUUCUGAAGACACGUGCUGUGACCUGCCUGCUCUGAGGGAUGAGGAGAGCUGUCCCCCCCCAGCGUCCUCCUGCUCCUGCAUCUCCAACGUUCCUGGAGCCCCUGGAUCCACCGGGCCCCCUGGCAGACCAGGUCCUCGUGGAGAGAAGGGUGACAGAGGGGAACAAGGUCAAAAGGGGGAGGUGGGGCCUCCAGGGAAGGUGGGGCCAGAGGGAGGACUGGGGCCGCUGGGGACCCAUGGCCCUCGAGGGAUAUCAGUCCAGGGUACAGUGGGUCCCCCAGGGGAGAGGGGAGAGAAGGGAAAUCCUGGUAAACCAGGAGGUCAGGGUCUCCCUGGUCCCCCAGGUCCUAAAGGUCCUGAAGGGAAUCCUGGUUCCCAGGGUGUCCGAGGUGUUGAAGGGAACAUGGGUUCUCCAGGGACCACGGGGCCCAGGGGGUUCCAGGGCCUGCCUGGCCACCCGGGGCCCAGUGGAGAGAGAGGCCCCCUGGGGACAGUGGGACCUACGGGUCUGUCUGGGAGCAAGGGGGAGAGAGGAGAGAAGGGGGAGCCUCAGUCCAUGGCCGUCAUCUACCAGCUCGUCACACAGGCCUGUGAACAACUGGUACACAACCAGGUUCUGAAGCUGGACUCCUUCCUGAACGAGAUGAGCCGUAAGCCGGUGCCCAUCGAGGAACCCGUGGGGCCCCCCGGAGAACCAGGAGUUCCAGGGGGCAAGGGCCCCCCAGGCCCCCGGGGAGACCAGGGCCGACCGGGCAACCGGGGUCCCACAGGGAGGUCUGGGUACCCAGGAGAGCAAGGUCGGCAGGGCAUGCUGGGGGAGAAGGGAGCUCCGGGCCAGAACGUCCAGGGCCCACAGGGAAUCAAAGGCUUUGCAGGUCCUUCAGGGGAGGCCCGGCUGGGGGUGGCGGGGCCCCGGGGGGAGGAUGGGGAGGCUGGUGCCCCCGGGCUGUCGGGGGGCCCUGGGCAGCCAGGAGAGGUUGGGCCCCCAGGGGGGUGUGACAGCAGUGGGGGCUGCCAGCAGGGACGCGCCCAAGCAGAAGAUCCGUAUUUCGCCUACCAGCCAUGAGCGGGGCCGGAGCCACGAGGUCCGAUUCCUCUAGGUUCUCCUCUUCUUAGUGGGUUCCCUCCUGGAGCCUGGUACCUCUGGUUCUGGAGGUUCCACCUGGGAAGUGAAUCCAGACAGAACCUUCCACAGACCCCCAUAGGAGAACCUGGCGGUUCUGGCAAGAGAGCAGGAACCAGACUCUCCACACCACCACCAACGGACGGAGGGAAAGGGUCUGGUCAGAUAUACACUGCUGAGAUAUUUAGGAUCAGGGAGUGAGUGUUAGCAACAUGAUGUAUUUAGCUUAAGGAAUAUUACAUUUACUUCGCACUGAAAACUUGUUUGUGUGUGUUAUUGACAUUGCUUAUGACUUUUGUAGUCGUGGUAACCCUAGCAGAGGCUCGUCCUGACCGGGUGUGUCUUCUUCCUCACCUUCCUGGUAACCAUGGUAACCAUGGAGCUUUAACCUCAACUGCCUCAAAAGCCAAAGACUUCUGAAAAAACACUGUUAUUGUUUUAAAACAAAUGAUAAAACUGUGAGUGUGUGUAUUGAUUUAUAUAGCUAUGAAUAUUAUCGGUUGUUGAAUAUAAUAGUGUUUAUUCUCAGUAUUGUAUUAUACAGUGUGUGUUGUCCAAUGAAAAAACUGUUUACAUGUUAUUUUUUGUGUUUUGCAUAUGAGUUUGUGACAAAGUUGUUAUACAUUCUCCAAUGUUAUGUACCACGGAAUAUCACUGAUCCCCUCAUAUUACCAUAGUUGUCUUUGUGUGCGUGUGCGUGUGUGUGUAUGAGUGUGUGUGAGUAUGAGUGUGUGUGUGUGUGUGUGUGUGAGUGAGUGAGAGAGGUGUUUGAUAGAUUAACAUUCUUGAGUGUUAAUAAAAUUCUGAUACAUACUG